AUGGUGGUCGCGCCGACCACUUCGAGUGCCGCAGACAAGCCGCCCGCCGCGCAAGAUUCUGCCGCCGCCGGCAACGGGAAAGAGGGUGACGCCGGAAAUGCUGGCGGCAAGAAGGGCAGGAAGCGCAAGGCCUCCUCCGCUCUAGCAGCGGCGAGCGAGGGCGGCAGCAGCGGCAGCAGCAGCGGCAGCAGCACGGACGGCGGGACGGCUUCUUCUUGGCCGAACGAAGGCGCCAAACGAGCGGAAGUAGAUGCCGGCGGUGACGACGGCAAUGCAGCCAUCGAGGGAGGGGGAGCGGAGAAGACAACGGGGGACGGUGACGGUGACGGUGAACGUGACGCCUCCAAUAAAGGGCCGAAGAAGAAAAAGCGGAGGGGCCAGGGGAAGAAGAAGAGGGCCGCGGAAGCUCGCGCGGCUGCUGCUGCUGCUGCUGCUGCUGUAGCGGCGGCGGGUUCAGCAUCAUCCCUGGGGGAUGCCGGCGGCAGCACCACCGCAGCCGCGGUAGACGAUGCUGGUGGUCCUGGCGCCCCUCCGCCGCCGGCUAGCUUGACGGCGGUGGGGCAAAAGCAGCAGCAGCAGCAAAAGCAGCACCAACAUGCCGGAGAGCAGACGGCCGAAGCCGCUGCCGCUGUCUCUGAGAAGGGAAAGACGCAGCCAGAAACGACGACCAAGAAGAAGAAAAAAAGAAAAAAGAAAAAGAAAGCACGAGGAGAGGACGAGGACGGGAAGGAGGCCGCCGAGGUAGAGCAAAAGAAGAGCGAGCGGGACUGGGAGCUUGGGGCCGAGGAGGCGGCGAAGAUGGCGCCCUGGAUGUACCUUGGGGUGGAGCUUCACCCCGCCCUGUUGUGGCAUCUUCAUCGACAGGGCUUCCAUGACCCCACCCCCAUCCAAAGACGAGUGCUGCCCAAGGCGGUGUUGGGGCGCAAGGACAUUAUCGGGGCGGCGGAGACAGGGUCCGGAAAGACGUUGGCCUUCGGACUCCCCGUCCUCAGCGAGAUACUCACGCGGCGGGACGCCGCCGCCGCAGCCGCUACCGCCGCUGCUGCCAAGUCGGAUGAGGGGGGGGAGGCUGACCAGAGGGAAGGGGAAGAGAAGGAGAGGGAGGGUCUGCACGAAGGGCUGCAGGCGUUGGUGCUGUGCCCCACGAGGGAGCUGGCGCUUCAGGUGGCGGCGCACCUGAGGGAGGUCGUGCGGGACACGGGCGUCGCGGUGGUGGCUGUCGUGGGUGGGCUCGCCGAGGUGAAGCAGCAGCGCCAGCUCUCCCGUCGGCCGGAGGUGGUAGUGGCCACGCCGGGGCGUUUCUGGGAGAUGGCCGGUACGCACGCCCACUUGUCCAGGCUGGAAACCCUCCGCCACCUGGUGGUGGACGAGGCAGACCGGAUGCUGGAGAGGGGCCACUAUCCCGAGCUCAGCCGCCUCUUCUCGAUGCUGGCGAAGGCGGAGGGGAGGCGGGAGGGAGGGGAUGGUGGCAGCAGCAGUAAGAGCCGUUUCGAGGAGAAAUUUCCGUUUGACGUCAGUGAGGGUGGAGAGUGGAGCGUGCCGCAGGAGGAGGAAGAGGAGGACAGCGGCGAAGGCGGCAAGAUGUUUGAUGAUGCGAUGGACGAGAGCGGCGACGGGGACGGUGGCGCUGACGGGGGUGGGUUGUCCGGCGGCGCCUCCCGGGUGCGGUCGCCGCCGGCGGAAACGAAUCGCCACGACGGUCGCGGCUUCGCCCGCCAGACGUACGUCUUCUCGGCUACCCUUACGCUAGGCUCGUCCGGGCGGCAGCAGCGCAAGAAGGGCGGCGCCGGCGGCGCCGCCGCAAAGGGGAAGGGGAAAAGGGGGGAGGGUGACGACGACGCUGUGAAGAACAUCAUGGAUCGCGUCGGCGUGCGCGGAGACCCUGCCGUGAUUGACAUGGGCAGGCGCACGGUGGGAGGGGGAGGAGGAGCGGAGACAGGGCAGGAUGCUGCCGCGGCGGGGCCGGCGGUGGUGGACGGGGGCGCCGGGGCCGGGGCUGCAGAUCUGCCGGCGUUGCCCUCGACGCUCAAGUUGUGCAGCAUCAAGAGCCUCCAGAUGGAGAAGGACGUACACGCGUACCUCUUCUGCGCGAUGUACCCUGGCCGCACGCUGAUCUUCGUUAACGCGAUCGCCAUCGCCAGGAGGCUGUCGGCGCUGCUGUGCGCGCUGAACGUGCCGGCGACCCCCCUGCACGCGCAGAUGCAGCAGCGCCAGAGACUCAAGAGCCUCGACCGUUUCACUUCGGACCCCAAGGCCGUUCUCGUUGCCACCGAUGUGGCAGCCCGAGGACUGGACAUCCCAAAGGUGGAGCAUGUCGUGCACUACGACGCCGCUCGCUCGGCGGAGGUGUUCAUCCACAGGGCCGGGCGGACGGCCCGGGCCAGGGCCGCCGGCCUGUCCCUGUCGAUCGUGGCUCCCAGGGACGACGCCAACCACCGGCAGACGUGCUCGGUCCUGGGUUUGCACGGCGGCAUGCAGGCGUUCCCGCUUGACGUGCGCAUGGUCGAGCGCGCCAGGGAGCGCGUCGGGAUGGCGCUGAGGGUGCUCAAGUUCCAGGAGGCGCAGAACAGGGUGUCCGCCUCCAACGACUUUUUCCGGGGUCUGUCCAAGGAAGCCGACCUCGUCAUGGACGGAGAUCUCCUCAUGGAGGACGCGGGCGCCAAGCCGGACGCGGCGGCUCAAGGGCGAAGGGGAGUGAAGGGGUUGGGCAAGAAGGGAAACCAGCACGCGGCGAGACUGGCGGCUGAGGCUAGACAGGCGCUGGCGGUAUCGCUGUCGCAGCCUUUGCACAGCGACCGGCGGAAGCUGAUCCCGGUCGCGCAAGCCCUGACCGACAUGAGAGCGGUGUCUGAGCGGACGGCGGCGGGAGACCUUGCGGGGAAGCAGAGGACAAGUAGCGGAAAGCAAAAGACACUGAAGUAGAAAAGAAUUAAAAUAUGUGGUGCGAAGAAAGGAGGACACGAUUUGCGUUUGCGAAAGCAGGAAGCUGCGUAGCGGCGUCGCGACGAGCACGCCGUUCACACGAGCGUAGGGGGGCCAAAUUCCUCACUUGCAUAUUGCGGUGUCUGCUGCGGCUGAAAAAAAAGGGGUUAAAGCCAGGAUACGGAUGCUGCUGCUGCCGCUGCCGCUGCUUCCAGAACUGCCGUUGCUUUCCCUCUCGUAUUUAUGAGCUGCUUGUUGUCUGCAACUGUUCUUACUGUAGGCCAGUUGCUUGUCGCUUCUUGGUGCACGGGCCGCUCUGCCGGCUGUCGCAUGUUCUUGCUUGCUCCUUGGCCUCCCACGAAGCAUGCGUUAUGCGGGGGUCAUUUGUAGUGUGUCACGCUUGCCUUUGAUACCUGUGUUCUGUUGUCCCAUUUGAGUGUUUUUGUCUGGAUACGGUAGGUUCGGUGAAAGAUGGGCGAUAUCAAGCAACGGCUCUUU